AAUCUCUUAUUCGACAUUCACACAAUUUUUGUAGAGGGGUUUAAAUUCUUUCCUACGACGGGCAUAACAUUACAUUGACUAGUUAGGAGGUUAAACAGUGUUUGCAGGUGAAGAGCACAGAGCACAGAGCACAGAGCAAUGGCGAGCUCAACGGCCAAAGAUGCGCGUGUCCUCAUUUCCUCAUUGCGAUCUGCGUAUUCUUCCACCCCUACCAAACUUAAGAUUAUCGAUGUGUAUGUAGUCUACGCCAUUUUUACAGCAGUUUUCCAGGUUAUAUACAUGGCACUAGUUGGAACAUUUCCCUUCAAUGCAUUUCUUUCGGGAGUACUAUCAUGCACUGGAACGGCUGUGCUUGCAGUUUGUUUACGGAUGCAAGUCAACAAGGAAAACAAGGAAUUCAAGGAUCUUCCCCCAGAAAGAGCAUUUGCAGAUUUUGUUCUCUGCAAUAUUGUACUUCACCUGGUGAUAAUGAAUUUCUUAGGUUAGUGGACACAUUUUUUUAAAGUGCAAUACGGAGAGGCCAUAAAAAGAAAUGAAGGACAAGUGGCCACAUUCAUGAAUAAACAUGAGAGAUUUUUGUUUAGAGGAAUAGUAUAGGCAUGCAUGUAGUAAAUUGUUCAACUAUUGCUGGGUUAUAUGGCAUUGAGUUUUGGUUAGUUAACCGAAACUUAGGUUAUUAAUAAGUUAAUUUUUAGUGUUUUUGCUCAUUAUUGGAUAGUCCUCACAUAGCAAUAUCUUGAAAAGACAAAUAUAAUUUAAAUCAGAAUAUGUUUUAUCAUGUAA